AGAAGGAGGGAGCGACAUACUAGUGCUGCUGCUGCCACCACCGCGCAUGUCUCUCCACUCCCCCUCCGCUAUAUACUCGUUGGCAGACGCUCUCAUCCUUACGACAGUGUAUGGCAGUGGGUGCUGGCUCAUGGUCGUAACUGAACGAUAUUCAAACAAGUGCUUAACUGUUUCGAGUGUAGUUCAUUAUGUUAUGGGGACUCGUCGGGGGUGAUGUGCACACCCUGUGAACAAUUACACGACAAAGGCAGAAUAAUAUAGCGUGGAAAGUGCAUCUCUCUUUAAAGGACAAAACACACCAUGUUGAGGAGGGGGGUGGAUGUGGCCGGGCUGAAGAAAGAAGUACACAAACUCCGUAGUAGUCGUUUGGCGGUCAUCCUGCUGGUGUACUUUGCCCUCGUGCUUGACAAUAUGCUCCUGACUGUUGUGGUUCCCAUCAUCCCCGACUACCUGUAUCAACUGGAGCAUCAACACAUGUCUACGAACAAGUCCUCCUCCAACAACACCACAGCACCCAAGGCAGCUCUCCACACACCUCCACCUCGACUACCCACGUCACUUUCUCACCACGACCCUGCCUCUUCCCUCCACGACCCUGCCUCUUCCCUCCACGACCCUGCCUCUUCUCUCCACGACUCUGCCUCUUCCCUCCACGACCCUGCCUCUUCUCUCCACGACUCUGCCUCUUCCCUCCACGACCCUGCCUCUUCCCUCCACGACCCUGCCUCUUCUCUCCACGACCCUGCCUCUUUUCUCCACGACCCUGCCUCUUCCUCCUCUCGUCUCCAAGAGCCUCCAGUCACCACACCCGGAGCUCAUCAACAAACCAGGCAACUCACAUUUCGCUCAAAAAUACAAGAGGAUGAAUUACCGUCAGUUUCGAUGGUGAAAGUCCAGCCAAAUGACAAGUUUUCUGGAGUACUUUACCAACAUAAUGUACAGGAUGAGUCACCUUCGUCUCCACUCCUGCGUGUUCCCAGUAAAAAAGCUCUCGUGGUGGGUGCUCAUGCUUUAUAUAGGAGUAGAACUUUCAGGUCACUUCCUGCUCAAGCUUCACACCACAGGAAGUAUCCAAGAAGCAACUUGAAGAAAGUUUACUCUGAUUUUAUGCAUGUAAGAAGUCCGUGGAUGGAAAUUGACGAGCGUGUGGGUGACUCAGAGACACUCGUUAACUUUCAGAGGAAUAGAAAGAAAGAGAGGAGAUUAAGUGAUAUGGGAAUAAGAGAUCUAAUUAAAAAUCCCUUAGAGAACAGUUUCCCCUCAUCCACACGUCUUCCCAUACAACAUUACCAGCAUCCAGAGGACGUAUCACACCACCUUCCUCAAGACACAAACACUGCCCAAGACCCAGAUACUGACUCAGGAGUUAUACCCACUAAUCGUUCACCACCAGACAAAUUGGAAAAUAUGUCAGAUUUACAACACUAUCCAGAUGAGAUGGAAAAUUUGCCACAGUUGAUGGGAAAAAUUCCUCAGUCUCUUAAACAUCUUCCUUCGGCAACCACGAGUGAGUCAUUCCUCCAGGACUCACGAGUCUUUGAGUCAGAGUCACACCAGGAAGAGUAUCAGCGUCCACAGCCAGUGAUCGAGGCUAACUCGUCGGCUUCAUCAACAGAGGAUCUAAAGCUUCCACAAGAUAUCAUCAAUGAGAACGGGCGCGUAGGACUGCUCUUCUCGUCCAAGGCGUUGGUGCAGUUGUUGGUGAACCCUCUAGUGGGGCCUCUCACGGCUCAUGUGGGCUACUCCCUCCCUCUGGUCAUUGGAACCCACAACCUUAUUCUCUCAGCUCUUUUGUUCGCCUACGCCCAGAGCUACACCUUGAUGUUCAUCGCCAGGAGCCUCCAGGGCAUCGCCUCCUCCUGCAUCGCCAUCUCCGGCAUGGGUAUCAUUGCUGAGUGUUACCCUGAGGACGGGGAGCGCGGGCGUAUGCAGGGUCUGGUGAUGGGCGGCAUCGCUCUCGGCGUAUUGCUGGGCUACCCUCUAGGCAGCCUCCUCUACGACUUCACCAACUCCAAGACACCGCCCUUCUUGGUCGUGGUGGCCCUCACUGCUGUCCUCGCAAUCGUACAGCUGGUGGUCCUCGACCCUCGUCCCGUGCCAGAGCGUGUAGUGGUGACGACGUCGCUGCUUGGCCUGGUGAAAGACCCCUACAUCCUGGUGACCGCCGGAGCUGUUAUGUUCAGCACCUCUGCAAUGGCUGUGCUUGAACCCUGCCUCCCUAUAUGGCUGACCGACACCCUCCACCCCCAGAAGUGGCAGCUGGGUACGGCGUUCAUCCCUGACAGUAUUGGCUACUUGGUAGGGACCAGUUGUACUGCGGGUCCCGCCUUCCGACUAGGACGGUGGAGGGUCGCCGUGGUGGCCAUGGUGGUGGUGGGUCUGGCUGCUGCCACAGUACCAGAAGCGGGGUCGAUGUUGGCACUGGCAGGGCCACACCUGUGUCUGGGUAUGGGUGUGGGCACAGUGGAUGCUGCUCUCAUGCCAUUACUGGCCGCGCUGGUCGACGCCAGACAUGUGGCCGCCUAUGGUGCCGUGUACGCCAUCGCUCAGGCCGCCGUCGCUCUAGCGUACUUCCUUGGGCCGCUGGUGGGGGGAGCCAUAGUACAAGAGAUAGGCUUCCCUUGGUUGAUGCGCUGCGUCGCCAUUCUCAACUUGUGCUAUUGUCCUGUCCUCUUCUUCCUCAAGACUUUCGACCAGGAGAUGGAAGAGACUCAGGCCAUCCUGAUGGCCGCCCCAAAGCCUCAUCACUACACCAGCCACAUCACAACGGUGGUGCAGCCCCGAAAAUCUUCACUCAGGUACCAGCAACUGUUUGAUGACGAGGACGACUAACUGGUUACACACCGAGUAGCUGCUGCUGUGUGACUACGACAGCUGCUGACUCGCAUCCAACAUGCUCGGCAAUCUGCUGAAUUGGAAAAAAAAAAUGGUUUCUUUAUGAUAAGAAGUAAUGUGAAGAUCAUUUGUAUUUUGAAGAACAAGAAAAUGUGUCAUUAUUUUUUAUUAUAUUUUACCAGAUGCUCCCAAAUUAUCAUAAUACAGUAUUACGAAAAAUGUUCUAUGCAAGACAAAAUAGCUGUGUUAGUGCCUGUGGGUUUUACUUCUCUUCUACUAAUUUACUUACAGUAUUUGUUAUUUAGUAAGGGGGAGACGGGACGUGACUUGUUCUGUGGACGGGAUGCAAAAUGUAAUGUAGUGCACCGGGUGGCCGUGUAGUGGUGUGGGGUAGCUGACAAAAGUGAACCUUAUUACAUCACCAUCGUUAGAGCGGAAUAUCAAAGAUGGAGAGAUUGUAAAUUGGAGGAUAUCUGUACAUUAUUUAAAUGUAUUUUACUUAAUGUGAUAUUAAUAAUUAAGUUUCUUUUUUACAUUUGCCUGCAAAUUUAUACCUAUUGAAAUAUCAGAAUUUCAAAUACUGUACGUGGGUUUUGAGUAAUUAUGAUUAAAGUUGUUUGAAGAGAUGAAUUAGCUCCUAGUCUAGAUUUUUUACCACUUUUUUCUUCAUUACUCCAGUGUUGUGUACUUAGCUGUGCCCAUUUUCUUUUCAGAAUAUGAUAAACUUUCCUGUCAAAAAAGAAUAGUUCCUCAUGUGCUUGUUCGUUUUAUAUGGAGUAUGAACACAGGGCUUCCUCAUUUGAUUUAUAUAAUAUUUAUAGCUCAACUGUAUUCGUCGCAUUAACAAACUGUUGACUGUACUGUACAAUCGUUUUCUUUACAUAGAAAAUUAUGUUUCGUUGUGUUCUUCUGAAAACUUACAUCUGUGUACUGUAUGUCUUAUUUAAAUGUUGAUUGCAUGUUCUUGUCUGUUUCAUUAAUAGAUUACUGUAUGUGCAGUGAAGUUGUGCUACACUCCUUUAGGAAGCUCUGCAGUGAUGUUACUGUUAAAGGCCUCUUCAGCACUGUUUUGAACCUAAGUGUUAACAUAAACCUAUUUACUCCAUAAAA